AUGGAAUUCACUCAACUUUUGUUUCAUAUCAUUAUUUGCUUUUUUUUUCUGUCACUUAUUUACGACACUAUAGAUGCUACUAAACUUAAUAACCCUGAGGUAGGUCUCAAUCAUGAUUUUUUAGUUGGUCUCGACCAUAAAGUUCCAUCUGGUCCAAAUCCAAUCGGUAAUAGAAGUCCUCCUCCUACAAAAUAUUCUUUUUCAAAAGAUAUAGGUCUCGACCGUAUCGUCCCAGUUGGUCCAAAUCCAACUCAUAAUGACGUGCCAACGCUGCCAAAUCCAAAUGGACCUCCUCCCAAAAAAUAUUACUCUUUCUCAAACGAUAUAGGUCUUGACCGUACCGUCCCAAGUGGUCCAAAUCCAAUCCAUAAUGGAUUGCCGCCGCCGCCGCCGCCAAAUGGACCUCCUCCCAAAAAAUACUCUUUCUCAAAGAUUAUAGGUCUCGACCGUAUCGUUCCAGUUGGUCCAAAUCCAAUUCAUAAUGACGUGCCGACGCUGCCAAAUCCAAAUGGACCUCCUCCCAGAAAAUACUCUUUCUCAAAGAUUAUAGGUCUCGACCGUAUCGUUCCAGUUGGUCCAAAUCCAAUUCAUAAUGACGUGCCAACACUGCCAAAUCCAAAUGGACCUCCUCCCAGAAAAUACUACUCUUUCUCAAACGAUAUAGGUCUUGACCGUACCGUUCCAAGUGGUCCAAAUCCAAUCCAUAAUGGAUUGCCACCGCCGCCGCCGCCAAAUGGACCUCCUCCCAGAAAAUACUCUUUCUCAAAGAUUAUAGGUCUUGAUCGUAUCGUUCCAGUUGGUCCAAAUCCAAUUCAUAAUGACGUGCCGACGCUGCCAAAUCCAAAUGGACCUCCUCCCAGAAAAUACUCUUUCUCAAAGAUUAUAGGUCUCGACCGUAUCGUUCCAGUCGGUCCAAAUCCAAUUCAUAAUGACGUGCCGACGCUGCCAAAUCCAAAUGGACCUCCUCCCAAAAAAUAA